AUGCCAGCAGCAGCAACAGCUUUUCAUUCUUCCCUUUGUUUCUCUCAGCAGAAACCAUCAUCCCCACCCCCAAAUUGCCAACAAGACAACUUUCUCACCACAAAACCCAAGACCCUCCUUCAAAAUCACGCACUCUACUCUCCAACCCAUGCAAAUCUCUCUCUCCAAUUCAAAGAAAAAAUCAUAUGCCUUGAAAUAAUGGGCAUUGACUCAGGUAGGGCACUGUCUCAAAACCCAUCUCUCCACUCAGCCUCCCUACAUUCCAUCCAUUCCAUCAUCACGUACCUCCAAUCCAAAGGCAUCCAUCAAAAGGACUUGGGAAGAAUCUUUGGCAUGUGCCCCAAAAUCCUAACCUCCAACAUCAAAACUGAGCUAAACCCAGUUUUCAACUUUCUCUCCGAUUACCUGAAAGUCCCAGACCAGAACUUCAGGAAAGUAAUCAACAAGUGUCCCAGAUUACUAAUUUACAGUGUGAAAAACCAGCUCAAACCAGCUUUGUUUUAUCUUCAGAGACUUGGGUUUAAGGAUUUGGAAGCUUUGAUUUAUCAAGACUCAAUUUUGUUGGUUUCUAGUGUGGAAAAGACUUUGAUUCCCAAGUUGGAGUUCUUGGUGGAAUUGGGGUAUUCAAGGAAUGACGCAAUUGGAAUGGUUCUGAGGUGUCCUUGUCUUUUCACCUUUAGUGUUGAGAAUAAUUUCAGGCCAAAGUUUCAGUAUUUUAGUGAGCAGAUGGAGGGUACGUUGGAGGAGUUGAAAGAGUUUCCUCAGUAUUUUGCCUUUAGUUUGGAGAAGAGGAUAAAGCCUAGGCACAUGGAGAUUGUGCAGAGUGGGGUAAAGAUUCCUUUGCCACUUAUGCUUAAGGCUACUGAUGAAGAGUUCAGGGAGUUGAUAAGGUGCAAAGGAGAGGAGAAGGCAUGAUGGGGAUUCAAUAUAAAUAUCAUAGGAAGGCAUAGCAAAGAGAAGGAAGUGAACAAGGAGGAGCAAAGGAAAAAUCAAGAGAAGACCCUAAUGUAUCAGUACAAAUUGUACCAAUUCAACAAGCUGUAGAUAAAAGAUGUACCGGUUAAUGGAUUGUGUACCGGUUCAUCGAGCUCUAGAAGGUUGUUGUACUAGUUCAUGCCAUACUUGUACCGGUACAACCAUCAACAAAAACCUAUGAACCAAUUUUACCUCACCUUUGUACCGGUUCUUCACACACAUAUGCGGUGCACGAGUCCUGAGCUUUCAUUUGGAUGUCGUGGGCUCACUUUAUCUGCUUCCACUCUCAAGGGGCAGGCUCUUAAUACCUAGGCCUUGGUUUUGAUUGGUUGAUGACACCUUCGAAGUUUCACGUGAACACUCCAAUUGGAAGACACUGGUGAAGAAAACUUUUUUGAUAAAGCACCCACCACCCACACCAUACAUUUUGGCCAAUGAGGAUGGA